GCCCUGCCCCUGCCUGCGCACCCUGCUCUCUGCCGGUGUUGGUUUCCCUGCUGCUUGUGGGGAGAGGUGGAGUAUUUCCUGCCAGCUGCUGCCUCUGUUCAGCUGCCAUCCCUGGGCCUCUUCCCACCAAACACUUGAGUUUCACAUCAAACCAAGCAACCAGAGGACAUAAAAGAGGAAAGGUACAAAUGCACUCCAUGUUUUAACCAUUGAUUUGGUUUAGGUUUUCCCUUUGGUAACAGGAAAAAAACAAAAAUUGUUUGGAAUCAUCAUACUUGACCUUAGGUAUCAUCAUCUUGAUCUUAAGACUAAGCUUGUCUACCCCACAGACACAAAGGAGGGGGUGAUAUUCCUCAUGACCGCACAUUUCUCGUGUUGCCCUGCUAUGGAGAAACCUAUUUUAUUCUAAGGGAUGAGAAUGCAGAACUGCCCAAAGCCUCCUCUUGCAAUAAUGGCCAUGCAUGAGGUAUGAGCCUGGUUAGGACACUGCCUUUUCCCCCAGAGUGAAUGUGUUCCCAUGUCCAACUAAUCCUACACACCUACAGAGCUGGUGGCUCAUGUCUGGUUCCUGCUGGAGAGCUUCCCUCCUCUGACAGCCUCCAGCCACCUUUGCCUGAGCAACGGCCCUAAACAGCCCAUCAACACAGCAGCUCAUCCCAUCCAGCGGCAGCCCACAGUGGCACAUCCUUCCAAGACACAGACUGGGGUCUCUCCUGCCUGAUAUUCAGGGUUCUCUCACACCAGCCAUGAAAACAGUCCUGGCAAAGGCUGAGGGAACAUCCCCAGCGCCUUCACUUCUGUCUGCCGUGGCUGCAGGCCCAGAGCUAUUGCUCAGCAAGAGACUCUAAUGAGGAAGUACCAAUGGGGCAGUGCAGGGCUGAUGGCUGGUGGCCAUGGGAGGGUUCCUCAGAAAGGCCCCUUGGUGGCAGCUGAUGCACACUGAUGGUCUGAUUACCCCCAGCCUCUCCUGGGCCUGGCCUUGAGCCCUCUGAUCAAGAGCAGCCACGUGGCAGUUUACUAAUGAGGUGAUGCCCUGCACGGGCACCGCAUUGUCAGGUGGAAGAGGAAACCGAGACAGGCAGAGAGAGAGCUUUAUGGUCUUUUCUGGCCUACCAGCCAUGGAUAGGAAGCAGCAGCAAGCAGAGGAGGCCAGGCCUUGCGGCCUCCUGAAGCCAAAAGCUUUAGGCAAGAUCCCAGGCAGAUUCCAUGUCCAUCAGGAAGCACUGCCCCAUCUCCCAGUGCCGCCGCUGCAGCAAACGCUGGACCGGUACCUGCUGGCUCUGCAGCCCAUCAUCACCGAGGAGGAGCUGAACCACACACAGGAGCUGGUGGCUGAGUUCUGCAAACCAGGAGGUGUCGGGGAGAGGCUGCAGAAAGGCCUGGAGAGAAGAGCCAAGAAAACAGAGAACUGGCUCUCAGACUGGUGGCUGAAGACAGCUUACCUGGAGUAUCGCCUGCCUGUUGUGGUCCACUCCAGCCCAGCUGUGGUUUUACCCAAGCAAGAUUUUCUGGAUCGACAAGGUCAGCUCAGGUUUGCUGCCAAGCUGAUUGAGGGCAUCUUGGAUUUCAAGUCCAUGAUUGACAAUGAGACCCUUCCAGUGGACUACAUGGGUGGGAAGCCCCUCUGCAUGAACCAGUACUACCAUAUCCUCUCAUCCUGCCGCAUCCCCGGGCCCAAGCGGGACAGCAUCGUCAACUAUGCCAAAGGCAAGAGCCAGUCCAGACACAUCACAGUGGUUCACAACUUCCAGUUCUUUGAGCUGGAUGUUUACCACAGUGAUGGAAGUCCCCUUACCACUGAUCAGAUCUUCAUUCAGCUGGAGAAGAUAUGGAACACCUCCCUCCAAACAAACAAAGAACCUGUUGGGAUCCUCACCACCAACCACCGAAACAGCUGGGCAAAAGCCUACAACAACCUUCUGAAAGAUAAGACCAACAAGGAAUCCGUGCGUGCGAUUGAGAAGAGCAUUUGCACUAUCUGCCUGGAUGCACCUAUGCCACGGGUGUCUGACGACACCUACAAGAGCUCCGUGGCCGCUCAGAUGCUGCACGGAGGAGGCAGUCGCUUCAACAGUGGGAACCGAUGGUUCGACAAAACCAUCCAAUUCAUCAUUGCUGAAGAUGGCUCCUGUGGUCUUGUAUAUGAGCAUGCUCCAGCUGAAGGGCCCCCCAUCGUUGCUCUUCUGGAUCACAUUGUGGAAUACACGAAGAAACCCAAGCUGGUAAAAUCACCCACGACUCCUUUGCCAAUGCCCAAAAAGCUGCGGUUCAACAUCACCCCAGAAAUCAAGAAUGACAUAGAGAAGGCAAAGCAGGACCUCAACAUAUUGGUCGAAGACCUGGAUAUCAAAGUCAUGGUGUUUCAUCAAUUUGGGAAAGACUUCCCCAAGUCAGAGAAGAUAAGUCCUGAUGCUUUUAUCCAGUUGGCCUUGCAGCUAGCAUAUUACAGGAUGUAUGGCCAUUCCUGUGCCACCUACGAGAGCGCAUCCCUGCGGAUGUUCCGCCUGGGCCGCACAGACACCAUCCGCUCCACUUCUGUGGCCUCCCUGAAGUUUGUGCAGUCAAUGGACAGCCCUGACAAAUCGGACCAGGAGAAAGCCAACUUGCUGAGGAGAGCUGUCCAGGCCCACAGGGAGUACACUGAUAUGGCAGUAAGGGGCAAUGCAAUAGACCGCCACCUCUUAGGCUUGAAGCUUCAAGCCAUCGAGGACCUAGUGAGCAUACCUGAACUGUUCAUGGACACAGCAUAUGCUAUUGCAAUGCACUUCAACCUCUCCACCAGCCAGGUCCCAGCAAAGACAGACUGUGUGAUGUGUUUUGGCCCCGUGGUUCCAGAUGGCUAUGGCAUCUGUUACAACCCUAUGGAUGAACAUAUCAACUUUGCAAUUUCUGCAUUCAACAGCUGUGCUGACACAAACGCAGCCCGCAUGGCACAUUACCUUGAGAAAGCACUGCUAGACAUGAGGGUCUUGCUCCAGUCUGCUCCUAGAUCCAAACUGUAAGAGGCAAACAUAAUGCAAAGCCCCCACAUUAAAGGGGCUAUCCCUUAUGCACUGAAUUUCCCAGUUCCUGAUUGAGGGGACAGUUUGCACUGGAACCUAUGAAGGCAUCUACCAUUUAUUUUCAGCAAGAGGUUACAGAAUAGUGAUCCGCAGAUAUUAACUCUGUGGGGAGGCAACAUUGUCUGAAGUUGAACUGACUGGUCCUCUCCCAUCAAUGCAAAGUGCACCUUCCUGUCCUCAAAGAGGACUGAAAUAAGAGUUUUAUGGAACUUGCUGUAAAGAAAAGCAGAAAGCACAGUCCUUACCAGCAUCCAGACCCACUGCAUGAGGAAGGCAGUUCUCCAAGAAAAGCAGGGAACGUUUAUUAUAGGAUGGGACUGCUGCAGCAUAAAGUCUUUUUGCUGGUUCAGUCUUCUGAAGAGUGCAACGUCUUUCAGACUUCACUGAAGGUUUUUCUCCUGCUGUAGCACAACUUCCACCAUUGAACUUUGGCAAGGGGAGAAAGAAGCUCUUAAUGUCAGAGCAGAUCCAGCCCCAUUAGAGUGCACUGCACUACUUAUCCUAGGCACUCCAACCAUUACAUGUUUUACAAGCUUGGGAAUGUCCCCUUCCCCUCAGUUUCAGGAUGCUGGGAUGUCCUUUCUGUUGCACUGACCCUAUUUACAACAGAUACCGUUUGCUACAAACUCAGGUGGGGCUUUGCUGUUGUUGUUGCUGUUCUGGGCUAUCUGUUAAGCUUGCUUUGUGGUCCUGGCCACAGAUCUUCAGGCUCAGUGUAAAGCUUUAUCCCCACAGAGCUUCUAGAAGACCUCUCUCCCACAUGUUUUGCUAGCUUUGGCUUUAUGUUUCUUAAUAUAUGCAGAGAUGAGAAGAGACUGCUAUGCAUUUAGCAGGCCACUUGCUUCAUUGUACCUUCCUUUGGAAUGGAGGAAAAGAUUCUGCCCUUCAGUAGCCAGAGGCCCCAGGCCUUGCCUCCUUCAGGGCACACACAUUAACAUGAUGUGGUUUUAUACCCUGCUUUCAGAAACAACCUAUUUGUGCAUAAUGAGUUAUAUCUUGGUUGUGGACAAAUAAAAGUGUUUCUGAUCAGGACCUCCAGAACAUAACUUCCAUUUCUGGCCACAGAGUUCAAACCUGUUAGAGCCAAAGGAAAACCAGGUGCAGAAUCCCCCUUCUUUCACACCCCUCUGCUUUAACAAGGCAGGAAAGUCUUAGAAAGCAGGAAGAAAGCUGAGAACCUGUGGUCACUGUAGAUGUUUGUGCACUGUGGCAGCCACUGUUCCUGCAGUAACAGUACACCACUCUUGGAGUUCGUCCUUACUGCACCUCGCAUUUGUGCCAGCUCUGUUCUGUGACAGAACUCAUCAUGGCACUUCCAUGUUCAGCUGACAAACUUGAGACUAUAUUCUCUAGAAACAUACAGUUGCAGCACAGGAGUUUUUGUAAGCGCUGUUUCCAAUGAAUCUACCAGAAUCCAAGCCCCUCACUACUUUUAUUUAGCAAAACCAUAUGGCAACGAGGAAUUCUAGUGCUAUUUCUGCAACAGGAAUUUUACAUUUCAAUUGCACACCCUUCAGCAAGUGGCUGCUGGGACACCACCCUAAACUAGAAGCAUUAGCAGUCAGAUGGCCUGUUUUGGUAACAGGGAAGUGUUUGAUCAUACUGCUUUCCUGAUCAUAGAACAACAAGGGAGAUGAUCAAAGUGCCUUGGGGAACACACGUGAAGAAAUUUGCACUAAACAUGUUUAAAGUAAGAAAACUCAUUCUAAUUUCCUUCUUGAAAGACACAAACCAACAACUGCAUUUUUCUUUUCCUAAAAGGAUGUUAUUUCAAAGCUUCUAUCUUAUACUUAAACCUUAAAAAAGGAAAAUUUAACUGAAACUCACCUGCACAGCCAGUGAUUGUAUGAACUGCCACUUUCACAUCAUCUACAUGGAUUUAGUUGAUCUUUAGAAGAAUCCUGAACGGAGUGAGAUAGUCUAAAAUCAACCCAAUAGGAGCACUGCAGACCUGCAAGCAAACCUCUGCUCUGUUGGCUUCACUGUAUGAACCGUACUGAAAACUGCAAGAGGAUACUCAGUAUUAUCAAAACAGAAGUGUGUAAAUACUACAUAAAAGACCAGACCUUGAUGGGAUAACAUCUGGAUUUAUGGAGCCUUUUACAUUGAAAGAAUACUCAUCUUUGCCAAAGUGAUCCUCCCCCCAUACUAAAUCAACCCCUGUUGCUAAGGGAGGAGUUAUUUUUCCCUGUCUGCAAUGUCUUCAACCACUGAUGCUACAGUAUUUAUCACUUUAAAUAUUUGAGACUGGCCCUUUGCAGCUUCUGUCUAAAAGGGGAAGGCUCUCAAGGAAAGUGCCUAUAAAGAUUAAGGAGAAGUAUGUGCUGCUGUGACUGUAUCUCAGAAGAUGGGAUUGACCUUUUCUGGAUCUAAAUCUGGAUAUCCCACAUCCCACUAGCUUCUGCAGAGCACAGCUGCAAGAAGCAGACUAUCACACCAGAAGAGAUACAAGAUUCAUGAACCACUCAGUGCAUCCUUAAUGAUACACAGAGCUGAAAUUCAGAUGAAUGAAGCUGAUUUUUUAAGUGCUUGAAAGGACACUAAAACCAUUGCAAGGUUUUUUCCUUUAUAAAGUCUUUUCUUGUACAAGUUCUAAAAUGCAAUGUUCUGAUUCAUACCUUCUUGAUGUUUUUCAAUGUUGACUUAUUGAAUACCGUUCUCCCUGUUUCUGAUGGUUUUAUCAAGAGAUGCCCAUUGUCUUAACAGCACAUUAAGUACAAAAGAAAACCGUAAGUUGCAGGAAAAUAACUGAUUUGGAACAAAUAAGCUGAAAAUAGAUAACUCUUGGGGUAUGAGUGCAAUUUAUGCCACAGCCUGGUAGUGUUGCAUGCUUUGCUGUUAGCUGUGUUAAAUACUGUUUUGGUUGUUGUAAAUCCAUGUCAUGCAAAGUUUCAAACUGUUCUUUGAAUAAACUGAAAACACAAUAAACAGAUAAAAUGCUACAAAAAA